AUGCCUCCGAGAGACCUAGUGCAAAGUUCCUUCAAGUAUCACCUACUGAUACUUAAAAUCUUCGGCUUAUACCCUUAUGAUUCCUUUCCAAAACUCUACAAACCAUACGCCUUCUUCUUCUACAUAGCAUUCACCGUUAUAACGCCGAUUUUGGCGUUGGUGGCCAUAAUCGUAAGCGAAGAUCAUGACAUCGCGGCCAUCAGCCAGAAAGGCUUCAUGAUAGUAGAAUUAAACGCCAUGAUCGUGAAGUUGCUGCCCUGCAAGAUCAACCCGGAGGGUACCAGGAGGACUGUGUUCGCCUUGAACAAGAAAAUAUUUAACAGUCAGUUGCCGGAACAAGAUCAUAUCCUUUCGGAAGCCGUGAGGAACAUCAAAUAUGUUCUGUUGAUAUUUUCGACGACAUGCACGUGUGCUGUUAUGACAUGGGCCUCUUUGCCGCUGAUGUACAACGACAGGAGAUUUCCUUUUGAGGUUUGGCUGCCCUUUGAUCCCUUCCAGAAUACAGCGGUUUACCUGUUUCUGUACUUGUUCGUGUUUCUGUGUACAAUGAACGGAGGGGUGGACAAUGCAGUCUUAGACACCAUGGUAGCUUCGUUAAUAUACCACGCUGCCUGUCAAAUCAGGGUGCUUAAAGACACCCUCUUACACCUCGAUCGGAGAAUAGAAGACCAAAUUUCGAAGGAAGGCAAAUCACUAAGCACCGAGGAAAGGGAACAGUUGAAGAACAAAGUCAUCUAUAAGAAAAUAUGUGACUGUAUAGACCAUUAUGAUGCUAUUUAUGAAUUUGUGCAGGAUUUAGAAAGGACCUACACUGUAGUUGUAUUUAGCCAGUUAUUAUCUAGUGUUAUAAUAAUAUGCAUUUGUUGUCUUCAUUUGUCAGUGGCUGUACCAUUAACCAUACCAUUUUUUUCAACUUCAAGCUUCACUGUGGCCAUCCUUAUGGAGCAAUUCCUUUAUUGUUACUCAGGAGCCCUAUUAAACGAAGAGAGUAAUUCAGUGGUAACUGCCAUUUACAUGAGCGACUGGUAUAACUACGACAAAAAAUCUAAGAAGGCCCUACUUAUCUUGAUGGAAAGGGCUAAGAGACCUAUGACUAUCACCGCUGGGAAAAUUAUGGACCUCACGCUUGUGACAUUCGCUACGGUUAUGCGCAGGUCCUACUCGCUACUGGCAGUCCUAAAGAAUUAUUAG